UGAAGCAAUUUCAGCAGCAAGGAAAGGAUUUUCCUUCAACAUCAUCAGGUGCAACAGCAGCCUAUACAAUGGAUCAGUCGCCGCCGUCGCCGCCGCCACCUCAGCCUCCAAGGAAGUCUUUUGCAAGGCGUUACAAGUUCCUUUGGCCUCUUCUUUUGGCUGUCAACUUUACUGUCGGAGCUUAUCUUUUCAUGAGAACGAAGAAAAAGGACUCGAGCAUAACCGGAGAAGAUGUUGAUUCGAGUCCUCCUGUUUCAACUACAACUGUCGCUCCUCUUGCUAUUACCGAAACCUCAUUACCUGCGCCACCCGUCACACGGUAUUUGAAGGUGAUUGAACUUAUCCCGGAGAGUCAGCAGCGUGAACUUUUUAAAUAUAUAUUGGAAGAGAAAGGGAAAGUCAAAUUGAAAGAUCCCGAAGAGAAGAAGCGGCUCGAUGAAGAGAAAGCUCUACUUAAACAAUUCAUCCGAGUGAAAUCCAUACCUCAGUUAUGA